GGCAUCUCUUAAAUUUAGUUAUAAAUUAAAUUUUCGCGGAAAAUGGCUCAAGCAGUAGAGUAUUACAGACCAAAUUAUGAUGAUGAAAGGGUUAAAUGUGAAGACUUCAUCAGCCAAUACGAAGACCCAGGAAUGGAAGCAGAUGCUACUCAUGGAAAGACAAAAUACAUGGUUCAAAUGCAAAAUAUUUCCAAUAAUCGUGGGAAGGUUAUUCAAAUCGAGGUUGGGGACUUGGAGCAACACUUUAGAGGAGAUCCAGCAUUCGUAGACAGAGUCGCAAGAAACACAAAGAGAUAUAUCUCUCUUUUCAGUGAAAUUAUUGAUAAAUUGAUGCCUGAGAGAACAAUGCCACCUCCAGACGGCUAUGAAGAGAGUGUAUCUUCCAUCAUUUUCAAGCAAAGAAUGGAGAAUAUCCAAGCUAAUAAAGAGAAGAAUGAUGCUAACUAUAGAACCAUUGAGGACCCAAGAGAUAAAUUGGCUCCACAAAUGGCUAGGAACUAUGAGCUCUACAUCAUCAGAGGACCUGAAGAGAAAUCCCAUGAACUCAAAAUGAGAGAGAUCCAUGCUGAGACUAUUGGAAGUUUAGUUACUUUUAGAGGAAUUGUGACAAAAUGCACUGAAGUAAGACCAAGCAUUGAAGUAGCAUGUUAUUCUUGUGAGUCAUGUGGUAAUGAAUCAUACCAAACUGUCCCAGGAAAGCAAUUCACUCCUCUUGUUGAUUGCCCCUCUCUCAAAUGUAUUAAAGAUGAAGUGAAAGGAAAGCUCUAUUUGCAAGUCAGAGGAUCAAAAUUUGUGAGCUACCAAGAUGUCAAAGUUCAGGAACUUUCUGAUCAAGUACCUGUUGGACAUGUUCCCAGGACCCUAAAUCUCCAGGUUAAGGGACUACUUGUAAACAAAUGCACUCCAGGAGACAUUGUCGAGGUGACAGGAAUUCACAUGCCAGCUCCAUACAGUGGCUUCAGAGGAAUGAGAGCAGGAUUGAUUCAUGAUACCUUUAUUGAACCCUUCAAGAUCAAGAAGGAGAAGAAGACCUACAAAGAACUCAACAUUUCUCCUCAGCUUGAAGAAGAAAUCGAAACAGAAAAGAGAGAGCAUAAGGAUACUAUGUACCAGAGACUCGCUGAGAGUAUUGGACCAGAAAUUUACGGUCAUAUUGAUAUAAAGAAAUCACUUCUCCUCUCAAUGGUAGGAGGUGUCACUAAAAUAAUGAAAGAUGGAAUGAAGAUCAGAGGAAAUGUCAACUGUCUUAUGAUGGGAGAUCCUGGUGUCGCCAAAUCUCAGCUUCUCAAGCUUGUCGCUAACCUUGCCCCAAGAGGUAUCUACACAACUGGUAAAGGGAGUUCAGGUGUUGGUCUCACAGCAGCAGUCAUCAGAGACCCAUUGACUAAAGAAUUAAUCCUUGAAGGAGGGGCUCUUGUCCUUGCUGAUAUGGGAGUUUGCUGUAUUGAUGAGUUUGAUAAAAUGGAUGAGACAGAUAGAACCAACAUUCAUGAAGUCAUGGAACAGCAAACUGUGUCUAUUGCCAAAGCAGGAAUGACUUGCAGUCUCAACGCUCGUACUACUGUUCUUGCUGCCGCAAAUCCAGUGUAUGGUAGAUAUAAUACGAAGUUGUCAGUAAACCAAAAUAUUAAUCUCCCAGCAGCCUUGAUGUCUAGGUUCGAUAUCAUCUUCCUCAUGCUCGACAGAGCUAAUGAAGAACAUGAUGCUAAGCUUGCAAAGCACGUUGCAUAUGUUCAUCAGAACAGUUGCCCACCAAAGCUGGCAUUCCAGCCUUACUCCCACGACUUCAUCAGAGGUUUCAUCUCCACUGUGGUUGGAAUUGAGCCAAUCAUCCCUAAGGAUAUUCACAACUUCAUUGUCAGCAGCUAUGUUGACCAGAAACAAAAAAUAUCUUCAAGAGACAACUAUAAGAACUCGAAUAACUACAUCACUCCCAGAACUUUGUUAGGAAUCAUCAGAAUUUCUCAGGCCGUUGCAAAGAUUAGACAGAGCACAACAGUCUCUCAGGAUGAUGUAGAGGAAGCUCUCAGACUUAUGGAAUCAGCCAGGGAAUCAGUCGAUAAGGAAAAGGACAAAGAUGAAAGAAUGAAUGAGAUCUUUAAUGAAAAGACUGACUCUCUAUCAAAAAUCUUCAGUCUUAUCAGAGAAGUAUGCUCCGGUGAGCCAGGACAGUCUGCUAAGUACUCUAAGAUCGAAAAAGCAGUGGUUGGCAAGGGAGGGUUCACUCAGGAAGACUUCUUCACAACACUUGAGCAGUACCAGAAGCUGAAUGUCUUAUACAUCUGUAAGACUACUGAGACGAUCUCUCUUCUCUAA